AUGCCCGCUCCUCUUCACUCCCACCCUCACACUUCCUCAUUUGCUCCCACCCAGGGAGUAGUGCAAUCCUCUGGGGACAAUGGUCCACAGGUGCAUGUUUGCCACGAGGAUGAGGAUGCCAUCGCAGAUAUCCACCGGACUCUGACUGUCCAGGAGGAAUAUUCAGAGCCUCAUUCAUCAUUUGACAGGUUCCUCGAGCAGGAGGUCCAAGGAGGCAAGAAGCGCUCUAACCUAGGCGUAUGCUUCCAGUCAGUAUCGACGUGGGGCGAAGGUGACGGUCAUACCGAUGUGAAAACUCUAGGAACGGCUCUCUGGCGCACAUUGACGUUCCGAGAUAUCUAUGAGUGGACUGUUCAGCCAUUGAUAACAACAAAAGAUCCGCAGAAGGCGCAGAGGGGUCGCCAACUCAUUCGAGAUUUCUCUGGUGUGGUUCAGAGUGGUGAGAUGAUGCUUGUUCUCGGCCGCCCAGGAGCUGGCUGUUCAACCUUUCUUCGCACUAUUGCAGGCCAUCAUUCCUCUUUCCUAGGGGUAUCGGGCUCGAUCGAUUAUUCUGGCUUAUGUCCAGAUGAAGUGAGAAAACACUAUCGCAGUGCUGUCGCUUAUGUCCCUGAGGAUGACGUGCAUUUCCCUACACUCAACGUGCGCCAAACGCUCGAAUUCGCGCUCCAAAGCAAGACCCCAAAACGCUACCAGGAUCGGAUCCCGAAGUACUUGGAGAUCUACGGACGAGUAUUCGGCAUGACUCACACCAUGAAUACACUCGUCGGCAAUGAGUAUAUUAGAGGUGUUUCUGGUGGUGAACGCAAACGAAUCUCAAUCAUCGAGUCGUUAGCAACUGAUUCAUCAGUGACUUGUUGGGAUAAUUCAACCCGGGGCCUCGACGCUUCAUCUGCGCUAGACUACGCGCGCAGCUUACGGAUUAUGACCGACACCUGUGGCAAGGCUACGCUUCUCACGCUUUAUCAGGCAUCGGAUGCUAUUUACGAGUUGAUGGACAAAGUUCUCCUGAUCGAUGAAGGUCGCAUGCUCUUCCAAGGCCCCGCUAAAGAGGCUAAGGAGUACUUUGAGGAUCUAGGAUACGAGUUUGCCAACAUGCAGACUACAUCCGAUUUUCUGACUAGUAUCACGAUCCCCGAGCGGCGGAGGUUCCGACCUGGCUGGGAAAAUCGGGCUCCCAAAGGGCCCAUUGAGCUUGAAUAUGCCUUCCGACAAAGUCAAGCGUUCAAGAAAAUUGAAGCUUCGGUCGAGCAGUACGAAGACAGGGGACGCUCAACAUACCCAACUGAUUCGGAGUGUGGCAGCGUGGAAGAAUUCAAACGCACCAUGCAGGGCGAUAAAUCUCGCUUCGUAUCGUCCAAGUCUCCCUACACAAUCUCCUUAUUCCGCCAAAUUGUUCUGUGUUCUCAACGUCAAAUGUGGCAGUUGAAAGGCCACAUGGGGCCUUUGUACAUCAAGCUAAUUUCUGCCGUCGUGUACGGGCUACUGGUGGGCUCAAUGUUCUACAAGCAGCCCCAGACUACUGAUGGGAUGUACUCGCGAGGCGGCGUCCUCUUCUACUCGUCUAUCUUGCUUGCAUGGCUACAGAUGUCAGAGUUGGAAGAUGCUAUGCAAGGUCGUGAUAUUCUCAGUCGCCAGAAGAAGUUUGCAUUCGUGCGGCCUAGUGCGGUUUGUCUCGCUCGAGUCAUGCAAGAUAUACUCGUGACUUUUAUCUUGACCUUCCUUUAUCUGAUCGUGCUAUACUUCCUUUCUGGACUACGCCCUGAGGCCGGUCCAUUUUUCAUUGACUUCCUGUUUAUCUACACAUGUACAGUCUGUCUGACAUCUCAGUUCCGUGUGUUCGCUGCUAUGUCUGGGAAUUUCGAGGUCGCAUUGCGUUACUGCGGUGUGUCUGUGCUGUUCUGCAUUGUCUUCGGUGGAUAUGUUCUGUCAGUGGACAAGAUGAUCCAGGACGUUCCGUGGGUUGGAUGGCUCGCCUAUACGACCCCUGCGCUAUACACUUACGAAUCUGUGAUGGCUGCCGAAUUCCACAAUAUGAAUUUCACCUGUGCUGCAUCUUCAAUUGUCCCAUCAGGCUCAAACUACACGAAUGUUGCAUAUCAAUCCUGCGCAUAUGCGGGAAGCAAGAUUGGUAGCAUUGUGGUCAACGGCGAUGACUAUCUAGCGGCGCAGUUUGGAUUCUACUAUAGCCAUGUCUGGCGAAACUUUGGUAUUCUCUGUCUUUUCAUCGUCGUCUUUAUUGGUCUCACUUGCUGGCUGAGCGAGGUCAUGGAGUGGGAGCUGGACAGCGCAGGCCCGAUUCAGUACAAGCCUACCAAAGGCUGGUUCAAGCGGAACAAGACGGUCGACAAGGACGACGAAGAGAGGAGCCCUGUUCCUGCAGACCCACGGGCAGCUCCAGCCGGCCUCACAGAAAAUAGUCCUCAGCAGUUUUUGGCAGUGACAGAAUCCACAUUCACAUGGGCCGACUUGGAACUGAACGUGCAGAUCGGGAAGGAGACUCGGAAGCUGCUGGAUGGAGUGUGCGGAUAUUGCAAACCCGGUUCUCUGACAGCCCUUGUUGGUGCAUCGGGAGCUGGAAAGUCGACGUUGCUGACUGCCCUCACACAACGGCAGAGUGCGGGAGUCUUGACAGGCUCUCAGUAUGUUGAUGGCAAACCUAUUGAUGGAUCUUUCAACCGACAGAUUGGGUACUGCCAACAAAUGGAUAUCCAUGACGAAAGUAGCACUAUCCGCGAAGCCUUUGAAUUCUCAGCCUUGCUCCGACAAAGCCAUGACACCCCAAAGGAAGAUAAGCUGGUAUACGUGGAAACCGUGUUACAAACACUGGAUCUAGUUGAGCUGCAGAAUGCGGUCAUUGGAUCGUUGGAUAUUGAAAAGAAGAAGCGUGUCACGAUUGGGGUGGAGCUUUGUGCCCGGCCCAAGCUGCUACUCUUCUUGGACGAACCAACCAGCGGACUGGAUAGCCAGGGUGCGACUAGCAUCGUGGCUUUGCUUCGGCGACUGGCAAAUCAAGGUCUAGCUGUGCUGUGCACGAUUCACCAGGCGAAUCAGCAGCAGUUUGAAGAGUUCGACCGUGUCCUGGCCCUGAGUCCCGGCGGAAAAACUUAUUACUUCGGACCCGUCGGUGAAUCUGGAGCAGUGAUUUUCCAUUACUUCAAGAAGAAUGGCCAUGUUCCGCAAAACGUCACUAAUGCUGCCGACUUCCUCAUUGAGGUGGUUGUCGGCGGCAUGAAGGCCUCUAGUGACAAGAUCGACUGGGCCUCGGUCUGGCGCAACUCACAAGAAGCUGAAGAUGUCAAGAACGAAAUCGCCAAAAUUCGCUCUCACGACAGGCAUGAAGCUCUGGCCGCUCCACGCCUGCCGCCUCUGUAUCAGCAGAUAGUCCUCCUCACCCAGCGAACGUGUCGCCAAUUUUGGAGAACGGCCGAGUACCCGUACUCGCGACUGUAUUCGUCGUUCUUGCACGCUCUCAUCAACGGACUUACAUAUCUCCAAAUCGGGAACAGCACAACCGAUUUACAAUCUAAGGCCUUCUCUUGUUUCCUGGUUCUCAUGCUGGUGCCCGAAUUCAUCAACGCCAUCUCUAUGAGAUUCAUCAUGAACCGCGAUAUCUGGCUGGCAAGAGAAGGGCCCAGUGGAGUGUACGACUGGAUUGCGUUCAGCACCGCGCAGAUCAUCUCUGAGAUUCCGUAUACAAUUGUCGGCGGAGUCAUCUUCUACGUGUUGUAUUACUUCAUGGUCGGGCUGCCGUUAGGUUUCGCGGCUGGGUAUAGUUUCCUGAUGUUCUUCAUGUUCUUCCUUUUCGCUACAUCGUGGGGACAGUGGAUUGCUGCUUUGAGCUCCGACUCCAUGGUCGCCGCAACCCUGAUGCCAUUCUUCAUCAUCAUGUGUGAGCUUUUUAACGGCAUACUUCGACAUCAUGACCAGAUGCCCGCUUUCUGGAAGUACACCAUGUAUUACGCCACGCCUUUCACGUACUGGAUCGGCGGUGUGCUAGCAGCCGUCCUCGGUGGCACACCCGUGAUCUGUAGUGAGAGCGAAUUGACCCUCUUCGAAAGCCCGCCGAACAUGACCUGCGGCGAGUACGCUGGCCCAUGGCUCUCGAAACAGGGUGUGGGGUAUCUGUCCAAUGAGAACAGUACUGGCACUUGUGGAUACUGCCCGUACAGCUGGGGCGAUGACUACUUGUCCGGCAUCGGGCUGGAUGACUCGAAGAUCUGGCCAUACUUUGGCAUUUUCCUCGCCUUCACGGUCACCAACUAUUUGAUGGUGUAUUUGCUUGUUUAUGUUCGAUCGGUCAUGAAGCCAUUCUGGCGAUCGAAGUGA